AUGAACGAACUGCCGCUGCAAAUCCGCACCGCAUUGCACCUACUCAUUCAGGAUCAUCUACAUGGUCGACUGGACCGCAGAAACAUAGGACUUGGAGAGCAGGUGUCUCUCACACUCCGACAGGAGAUAGAGCGAUUUGACCUGACCAUUGGCAAAGCCGUGAAGAAUCCUUGUCGCAAGCCCUAUAAACUCUCGCAGCCGCGCGUUGGCGACUCGACCGUAGCAUUGACUACUGCCGGUGGGGAUGGCAAGCCAAGCUGCCAGCGACUGACUGAUGUACACUCCCCGAAGACUCCCUCGGAAUACUUUCGUGUCGCAAUGACACAUCCAGCCGCCGAAGAGUCUUAG